GUUCGAAUGACCUCAGUCUGCAGUUAUGCAUGUUUUCUAAAUAGUUAUAGUGAGAUAAAGAUCAAUGUAUUGUUCGAUCUCUUGUAACUUUUGUUUAAAUUAAACGAACUAUAAAGAAAAAUAGUUUUGUUAAAAGCUAAUGCCGAGCUUUUACAUAUAAAUCAUGAAUCUGAUCUCCUGUCACCAGGGGCUGGCCUGGUCACCACGCGCGAGUAUGUCGCAUUUAUAUACAAUGUACUACAUUGCUUAAAAGAGCAAUGGUAUUAUUUUAAAUUAGAGCGAAUAUUAGCAUGAUGUAGAUACUUGUGAUGCAACGGAAUGGAAGGUACACAAUUUAAAACGUGUUUGUCUCCAAAAGUCCAUUACUUGAUCACAAAAGUUGGUGUGGACAGAGUUGACAGGGGGUUGCCGUGCAUAACAACAGACGGUUGUAUCAACUGGAAUCAAGCCUGCAGUUGUCUACCAGAAAGUUUGGUGUCGGAUGACUAUGAUUACUUUGUGAGUUGUGUUGCGGCCCUUUCACCUGUUUUCUUGGAAGCUGAAGAGUUGAUGUCAUCAAACCAGGAUAUAUGGAUCAAACAUAAGACAUACCUCCAAUGGAUGCCAGAAGCUCACCUACAGAUGGUGGAAGAUGCACUGAAGUUUUUGAAGUCAUCCAAUGAAUCGCUCCACAUUCUGGGUUUGCAGUUGAUGUCAUCUGUAUUGGAGCGAGCACUAGGUGAUGUAUAUGAAGAUGUGAGUUCCAUUCAAUGUCCUUCUCUCCUCAAAGAUAUUCUGAGUUCAGGGGAAAUAACUCAUUUGUUUGGACGACAGGUGGUUCAGCUUUUACGAGUGUUGAUAGGUCCUCCGACUUCACUUAACCUGAGGAACGUUGUGUGGCAUGGAUUUCCAACUGUCGGGGAAAUACCAAGGAGGUAUGGAUGUUUUCUAUAUCUCACCCUGCCAAGUUUGGGUAAAAUCUUAAUGGAGAGAGACACACACUUAAAGGCUCACAGACAACUGGUGAAGUUCACGAUCAAUCCAGAACUCACAUCAAAUGUUCCAGUUCUGAGAAACAACACCCACCUUGUGAAGGAGUUUGUUAGAAAGACGCAUUCCUUCCAUGGCCGCCAGCUUUUGAUACAGAGCUCCCUAGAGUUGAUGGCCGAGAACCAGUAUUCCUAUGCUACCGUUUUAUUACUACCCCAGCUAGAGCACGUUCUGAGAUUGGUGUUUUGUGGAGUAAAUGGAUGCUCAGAGAGAGUGCUUACAGCUGAGUCUUCCACGCUGUACACCACACUUGAUGAGAUAUUUGAUAAGUAUUUGCCUGAUGGGAAUGUGAACAAACUUCCCGGGACUCUUGGAGAGAAUCUAAUGGACCUACUAUUUGACAUCCUCGUUUACCCCGAUGGACCCAGGGUCAGGGACAAAGUCAGUCACGGAGAGGCUCACAUGCAAAAUUUCCCAGAAUCCUUAGCAUGGCUUGUUCUUGUCGCCAUGCUGCUUUUAGUCCAGAAGUGUUCCAGUAUUACAGAUCAUGACAAGGAAGAAUGGUUGAAAAGGUUGACAUUCUUUGAGUUACAAUAUUCCUCAGUUUAUCACCCCAUCUCCAUCAUUAAACAAAAGAUCAUUGAAGUGGGGAACAUUGUUGCAACAUUUCCUGAUGAUGUUCAACAUGACAAAACUCUUACUCAAAGGGAUAGAUGUUCAACAUUCAGGCUGUGUGAAGAGGACAAACAAGUGUUUGAUGAAGUACAGGAGGUGACAAAAGACAUUGUUCUGUCCAUCUGUCAGAGCUGGGAUAAACAUCACACAGCAGAGGAAAUAAAUCAAGGCUUGUUUCAAGUGUUUUGUGAUGGAAGAACAUUACUCCAGGGGCUGAUGGAGGAAAACCUCUCCACCCUGUACAGAUUCCAUGCCAAGCAGGAGGACUUGGACAUUAAUAGGACUGGCGGACAGGAGGCUGAAAUUGCAAGUCUGCUUUCCCGCAUUCUGAGAGAGCUACAAACGGUUAUACAGCAGGUGCUUGUCUCCCUUAGAACCAGACAGGAACAGCUGAUUGGGCGUCAGCUGAGGUCCAGACAGAGGGAGAACCUCAUACGCCUCAUUAGAAGCUGUCCAUUGCUUCAUCACUGCAGUCACUCUGUCCUACUUUUCUGCUCCUGGAAGUUGUACACACUCAGCCAGUACACAGGAAUGAGAAUCAUCAGGUUUUUGAAGCUGUUUUUACAAUUUGUUGAGAACAUGAGAACACUGACUAGCCCAGAGAAAAACAAAUGGACAGAAAGUAUUCAUCUGUACAGAGAAUUUAUACCCAAGAUCAGGGACAUUCUUACUGUGAUAUUGGGGAACAUCGUGUCUCACUGAAGUCAACAGGUAGAUAGCAAUGUUGAGGAUUACCUGCUCGGAAACUUCAUCGGAUAAAAUCAUAUUUUGCCGUCUCAGCCAUGUAUAAGCAGAUACACCUUUUGUUUGCGAAAUGCGUGACAUUUCCAUUGAUUUUAGCUCUAGAAAAAGCCUUGUCACAAACCUACCGUUUUGCAAAUUAAUUAAAUGUUUGGUCUCUGUACACUUUGAAAGUGAUGGAAUAAAAAUAGAUAUGUUUGGGAACCAUAGAAUUCCGCAUAUCAUAAGAUAAACGCUAUUGAAAUUGUCUGACAGAUUAAGCAUUACAGCGAGUUUCAACAUUUAUAUGGUUGGGAUUGAUAAUGACAUUGAAACAUCAGGACUUGGUCUUACUAGAAGAAAUAUAAAAAAGUGUGAUAUUUGAAAAGCUGUUGUACAGUAGUUUGAAACAAUGACACACUGGAUGCACAAGUCUUGUGGGAAGCAGCACUGAUGAGGUAUUGUGCUUUAUAUACCAUGUUAGAGCAAGCUGAACAACGUCACAGGUAGGGUGAUAAUUGACAGGUAUUAAGAAGAUCUUUUUACAUCAGAUGCGGUCUUUAGAUCCGUAGUUGUCAAGACAAAGAAAAGAUGGAGAAUGUCUCUACCUCAUUCGGGAAUUUUGGUAACCACACUUCGCACAGUUUCAGCGUUUUCGACUAUGGGUAUAUAGUCAUCACGGCUCUGCUCACACCUUCCGUUCUGACGUUUAGCACGUUAGUUAUAGUGGUCAUAGGCCAAUUCAAACGACUGCAGACACCCACCAAUUUCUUCAUUGCAUCUUUAGCUUCAGCGGACAUUUUGGUUGGGCUGAUAACCCCUGUGUUCACCACCUCGCUACUCCUUCCGGCGGAUCUAAACCACGAACUCAUGUGCUCGAUUCCCAGUCGUCUGCUCAUUCUAGCUUGCGGUGCGUCCAUCCUUUCCUUGGUAGCAGUGGCAUUUGAUCGCUAUAUUGCGUUGACGAAUUCUCUAGAAUACGUUCAAAUCAUGACAAAGAAGAAAACCUAUGGUGUAAUAGCGUCUGCGUGGCUCUACUCUGCUCUGGUCGUUUCUAUACCAACAGCUCUCACAGAAAACCCGUCAGUAAAAACAAAUUGCGGAUUUGGACAGUUUCACCCUCGCGUACAUCUUUUAUUCGCAAGUAUGUUGUUUUUCCCGGCGUGUGUUCUUAUAUUUUUCUGUUACUACAAAAUAUUCACUAUUGCUAAACACCAAAGCAGAGCAAUUUACGAUCAGGAACAAUCCGUGGCAAACGCAAUUCACAUGAGAUACGUGAACAGAGACUGUAAAUACGCGAAGACACUGGCAGUCCUUAUUCUGGUCUUCAUUGUUUUCUGGUUCCCAUUCCAGUUCACAUUGCUAAUGAUCGCCCUGACUGACAUUCAAGUAUCUGACGAAGUGCUGAAUUAUCUUUUGUACAUAGCAGCAUUUAACAGCUUGAUGAAUCCAUGGCUGUAUGCAUACAAGAACACUCAUAUUCGAUCUGCCUUUCGGAAGAUUUCUUCCUCGGUAUCGACUGCUUUUAGACAGACCACGCGCCAUUUAUCAACGUCCAGUCCAAAAGAACCUUCUCUAUCGUCCGAUUACAAACUCAAUCGGACAGACAGUCGAAUGGAACAGGUGGACAUCGUACAACAACUACAACUAAACUCGGAUAUGUUUGCAGACGACUGUUGGGCAUAUGAGCCAAAGAAAAUGUCUAUACAGUCUGUUGGGUCUACCAUCACUCAAAAUGGACGCAAGAUAGUGGUCCCUAGUUUGGUUAUCGAAGACAUGGAGGGAACGUCAGAAGCGAAUAUUCAGAAGACAGAGUCUGUAUCAACAUGUGAUUACAACACGGCGAACAGUCAGUAUAGUAGCGAGAGAUAUUAAUCUGGAUUAAUCUCGGACUCGGUGAGCAGAAUUCAUAAUCUUUGGAGUUGGUAUCGUUGACGAUGAAGUUUAACAUAAACCUAGACUUUUCAACGAUCUGACAUUCUCUAUGCCUAGCUGCUAAUAAGUGUUAUAACGGAACCUUGCUGCUAAAAAGUGUCAUAAUUGAAGAAUUUGCCAUUAAAUAUUGUCAAAAGUUUUAGAAA